AUGACAACAAAUUGUAUGAAAUAUUCAUAUUUUCCUCUUCAACAUAUUCUUGCACAACAUUCUGAUAGUUCAAAGCCUACAUUUCUUGAUGUGUCUUUUGAUUUUGUGACUAUUGAAAAGAAAAUAAUGAUUGGUGAUAGUGAGCUUUGUAGUAUUCCAUUAUCAAUUACAAUCAAUGAAGAUGAAGAUGUGAGCAAGUUUGAUUUCAUUCUUACUAUUCAAUAUGAUCUUACCAUAAAUCAAUUUUCAUGUAUAAUUAAUGCAUCACUCGAUUUAUUCAAUCAAGAGACAAUAAAUAAGAUUUCACACCAAUUUCAUUCAAUAUUAUAUGAUUUGUUUACAUCUGUUAAUGAUAUAAUGAAAAAUAAAUCAAUCUAUGAAAUGUCAAUAAUGUUAUCAAAUGAAAGAUUACUUAUACAAUCAAUGAACAAUACACAAGUAUUGUUUCCUUCUGCCACUUGUAUGCAUCAUGAAUUUAUUUAUCAAGUAAUACAACAUCCACAAAAAAUAGCUGUUGAACUUAAUGAACAAUCAUUAACAUAUACAGAACUUUUAUAUUAUGUUCAACAACUUUCUCUCGUCUUAUUGAAUAAAUACAAUGUGAAAUCGGGUGAUAUUAUUUGUCAAUGUGUAGAGCGAAGUUUAUCUAUGGUCAUUGGCAUUUUAUCAAUUAUUAUGGUUGGUGGUGCCUAUUGUCCUUUAUCAUCACAAGAUCCUUCACAACGUCUACAAGUUCUUGUGAAAGAAACUCAAAGUCAUUUAGUUCUUGUUCAUUCGUCUACACGCAUUCUUUUUGAAAUCGAUAUUGUAACUUUAAAUAUUGAUACAAUUAUAAAUCAUGAAGAAAAUUCUACUAGUAUUCAUCUGACUCAAAUGUCAGAUGUACCAAUAACAUCAGAAAAUAUUCUCUUUGUAAUUUUUACUAGUGGAUCAACUGGUAUUCCGAAAGCGUUUCAACUACGUCGUCGAAAUUUCACUCAAUUUUUACGCUUAUUCGUUUAUGCUAAUAUAUUAACAAAAACUGAUACAAUAAUACAGAUGGCUCGAUGCUCUUUUGAUAAUCAUCUAUUAAGUCUUGUGGGUACAUUAACUAUUGGAGCUACAUUAAUAAUGCUUCGACCAGAAGGUCAUAUGGAUUUAGAUUAUCUUUCAGGAGUAUUGAAUGAAAAACAGAUUACUGUUAUGCAAGCUGUUCCAUCUUUAUGGAAUAGUCUAUUUAAUUUUCUCCAUACUACUAAUCGAAAAUCGUCAGUACAAUGGUUACGAACUGUAUGUAGUGGUGGUGAAGUUCUCAACAAUAAACUAGUUAAUCUAUUGAGAAGUCAAGUGAGAAGUGAAUGUCGAAUUCGAAAUCAUUAUGGUCCAGCUGAAAUUACUAUUAACUGUACCAAUCAUCUAAUUGAUCUAAAUAAAGAUCAAACAGAUAUUCCAAUAGGUCAAUCUCUUCCCAAUUAUCAUUUUUUAAUAUUAGACAUGUUCUUACAAACUGUUGGUAUUGGACAAGAAGGAGAAUUAGUUGUUGGAGGUGUUGGUGUUUUUGCUGGAUAUCGUGGUCGUGAUGAUUUAACAGCUCAAGUAAUGAUUAAUAUUAAUGAACAAAUAUUUUAUAAAACAGGUGAUCUUGUUCAAAUGGAUAGCAAUGGACUGAUUCAUUAUGUUGGUCGGAGAGAUUUUCAAGUGAAAUUACGUGGACAACGUAUUGAAUUACAAGAAAUUAUACAAUGCUUACUUAUGUUAACAUCCAUUACUGCAUGUGUUGUUAUCAAAUGGGAUGAAAAUCAUCUUAUUGCUUAUGUUCAAAGUGAUAGCAUUAAUGUUGAACAAUUACGUCAUUAUUGUCAAUCUAAUCUACCAUCACAUAUGAUUCCAUCAAUAUUUAUUAUACUUGAAAAACUACCUAUGAGCCCAAAUGGAAAAGUAGAUCGAAAACGUCUUCCACCACCGGAUUUAUCAUUAUUGACUCUCUCAUCAUCAUCAUCAACAACAGGAUUAGAAAACAGAUCUAAUCUUCCACAAAAUCAAUUCCAAAAACAGAUACAUAAUAUUUGGUAUGAAAUUCUUCGAUGUACUGGACAACAAAUUUCAACAACUGCAAAUUUCUUUAGUAUUGGUGGUCAUUUUUUUUUUUUUUUUUUUUUUUGA